AUGAAGUUCACCCUCUCGGCCGCCGUUGCCGGUUUAGCCGCUGUCGCUUCCGCAAAUGCAUAUAAAGUCAUUGGUGGAUCUGUGACCUCGAAAAAAGUAGAGAUUGCCGCCUUGGGUGCUGCGACAGACCUUCCAAGUAUACCCAUUGACAGUAUCCGGGAUUCAUUCGUGUUGAACGUCAACUUCGAACAGACGACCAAGCCAGCCCAAUUGCUAUUCCUCUUAUCCAAUAAACACGGCUUGGAGCACUCCUUGUACGCUCGUUUCACCGAGACUGGAUCCAAAGCGUCUGCCUCCGUUGUGGUGGGAAAGCUUCCCAAUGCAUUGAAGACACAAGACGAGAUUCACGUGUCCAUCGUUGCUGCCGGUCCAUCGGAGGAGGAAGAGAACGUGAUUGUUCCAUUGUGCACAUUCAUUCCAUCCGAGAAGUUCAAGGACUCUGUGGAGUAUGAACAGCCAGUGCGGUUAGGUGCAUUGCCUGAAAUUCAUCACCAGUUUAGAUCAAAUGAGCCACACAUCAAUUCUUUCGUUCCAACGGUCUUCAGCGCUGCUGCCUUGGGCUUGCUUGUUGUUUUGUUGGGCGCUUGGGCCGGUCUCUUGAACGGUGACAUGUUUAGCGGCUGGCAGGGUAGCUUCUGGAAGAUCGGCUACCUUGCUACUUUGGCAUACUUUGAGCUUAUCGUAUUGAGAUACUAUUUGGGCACGUCUAUCUUCGCAACUGUUUUCCAGGGUUUGCUUGUGGCUGGCCCAUUAUCUUUCUUUGGUUCAAGAGCCUUGACCGCUUUGGCCAGACUGAGAAAGUAG